GUGCCGUGUGCCUGUAUAAGUGCUGGUGUUAGGGCAGGGUUGGACCUGCGGUGAGAGAUUUAUUGGAAGAAAAGCCCACAACUGGAAGCAAACCACGAUUGAAGAUGAGGGAACAGCAGCAAGUGAACCAGCCCAAGGACUGAGAGAACCGACUGGAGAGAAACUCUUCUGACUCAGGGUUUCCAUUGAUUCAUUCAGGAGCAAGUUUGGUUAAAAAUGACAAGGAAUUUGUCUACGGGAAUCUUGAACACAGGGUGCUCGUUUUGCUGUCCCUGUCCAGAUAUUUAAGAAGUGGAGCAAGGGAUUCACUCGAUCAUCCUUCCUGCUCAGAUUGUGGGGAGGAAUUCACUCGAUCAAUAGACUGAACGGGCACGCCCGUCAGUUUACAGAGGGGAAAGGCUGUUCACCUUUUCAAACUGGGGAUUCGUGAAGAUAAAUCAGCAAGUUCACACUCGGACAAGGUCAUUCACCUGUUCUGUGUGUGAGAAAGGAUUCAGUCGGUCUUCCUACCUGUGGACACACCAGUCAGUUCACACUGGGCAGCGGCUGGUCAUCUGCUGAAUUUGUGGGGACGGAUUCACUCGAUCAUCUGACCUAAUGGCUCACCAGCGAGUUCACACCAGGGAGUGGCCCUUCACCUGCUCUGACUGUGGGAAGGGAUUCACAUCAUCAUAUUUCCUACUGAGGCACAAGUCAGUUCACACCGGAGAGUGGCCAUUCACCUGCUCAGUCUGUGGGAAAGGAUUCACACAGUCAUCUCACCUACUGAGACACCAGUCAGUUCACACUGGAGAGUGGCCAUUCACCUGCUCAGUCUGUAGGAAGGGAUUCGCUCAGUCAUCUGAACUGAAAGUACAUCAGAGAGUUCACACUGGGGAGAGGCCAUUCACCUGCUCAGACUGUGGGAAGGGAUUCACAACGUUAGCUAGCCUACAAGCACACCAGCGAGUUCACACUCGGGAGAGGCCGUUUACCUGCUCAGUGUGUGGGAAGGGAUUCACUCAGUCAUCUCAACUGAAGGUACAUCAGCGAGUUCACACUGGGGAGAGGCCGUUCACCUGCUCAGUUUGUGGGAAGGGGUUCAUUUGCGCAUCCCACGUACUGAGACACCAGUCAGUACACACCGAGGCGUGGGCAUUCACCUGCUCAGAGUGUGGGAAGGGAUUCACUGAAUCAUCCUCCCUACAGAGACACCAGUCAGUUCACACUGGGAAGUGGCGGUUCACCUGCUCAGACUGUGGGAAGGGAUUCAAUCGGUCAUCUCACCUACUGAGACACCAGUCAGCCCACACAGGGAAAGGGCCAUUCACCUGCUCAGAUUGUGGGAAGGGAUUCACUCAGUCAUCUCUACUGAAGAUACAUCGGCGAGUUCACACUGGGGAGAGGCCAUUCACCUGCUCAGACUGUGGGAAGGGAUUCAUUUUGUCAUCCCAACUGAAAGUGCAUCAGCGAGUUCACAUUGUGGAGAGGCCAUUCACCUGCUCAGAAUGUGGGAAGGGAUUCACACAGUCAUCUCACCUAUUAAGACACCAGUCAGUUCACACCGGAGAGUGGCCAUUCACCUGCUCAAUCUGUGAGAAAGGAUUCACACAGUCACAUCGCCGACAGAAACACCAGUCAGCCCACACAGGGAAAUGAUCGUUCACCUACUCAGUCUGUGGGAAGGAAUUCACUCAUUCAUCUCAACUGAAGUUACACCAGCGAGUUCACACUGGGUAGAGGCCGAUCACCUGCUCAGACUUUGGGAAGAGAUUCUCUCAGCCAAAUGUGCAUCAUUGAGUUCACACGGGGGAGAGUCCGUACACCUGCUGACAAUGUGGGAAGCGAUUCACUUAGUCAUCUAACCUUAUGUUGGCAGCUUAAUAUUGGGGUGAUAGCCCCCCAGCCCGGUCAAACUUAAGAAAUCUCGUUUGGGUGGAUGCUGUGUGAUGUGUCCCAUGUUACAAAUAAAUACCCUGAAAUAACUAAACAGUACACAAUAUGUGAUUAAACGACUGAGCCUUAUAAGUCUUACUUUAACUCUUUCCAUUCACGUUUUCUCAUCUCAACGCAUCAAAAGAGCACAAAAUUCUCUCUUCCAGACUCACAAGAAAGAACAUUUCUGUCAUUGGAUAGCCCUGCACGCCUAAUCUCUGUUAUCUCUAGUCUUAACCUAAACAUUGCUGCUACAGAGAAACCAUUACCUCAGCAGUGAAACAUUGCAGAGAGGCCAUUACAUGAGCAAUGAAACCUUGCAGCAUGUUGCACCUGCAGAGUUCUCAGAUUAUUAAUGUUAACUGCAUAUAUAAAAUGGCUUCUCUGUGGCACUAUAAUGAAAUGACUUCUUUGUAGGUACCUGAUGAGGUAAUGUUCUGUUUAGUUGAAAUGUUUGGGUUAUAAUUAUUGAUAACAGAGGAACUAACCAAUGGAAGCAAUGUUGUUCCCUCUGUAUGUGUGGGAACCUGGAUUGAGUGUGCGGGUUUGUCGGGAGGAGAACCGAAGAGGAAGGACGUGCUGGACAAGCUCUGGUCAACCACUGAGGUUGGUCCCAGGCGGCAGGCCGUGGAGGUCGGAGAUCGAACGGUGGAAUGAAGGCUUCGAUAAUUGAGCUCCAACGAUUUUUUGGCUCCUUCUUCUUUCCUUGUAUAUUGUAUGACUUAAUUACCUAACUCCAGUAAGA